UGUGGUAGAUCUUCGCCGGACAAUGAGGCGAUGAAGCUGGCUCCAUGUGCAGGUGCAGCUCAGGAUGCUAACGCCGCCGUGCCAGGAGGUUGUUGUGCUCAGAUUAAGAGAUUUUCUCAGAACCCUAAAUGUCUCUGUGCUGUUCUUCUUUCCGACACGGCCAAAGCCUCAGGCGUCCAGCCUGAGGUUGCCCUUACCAUCCCUAAACGCUGCAAUUUCGCUAACCGCCCUGUUGGUUACAAGUGCGGACCAUACACACUUCCGUAAAGUGUUGACGAUUAGAAAAGGAUAAAGGAGCCAUAACUGAACUUUAUGUGGAAGCUUGGAUUACUUGUCUCCAUGUACCGUAUAUUAUAUGAAUAACAAUAAUGUUUAUACUGUAUGUAUCAGUGUGAUUGUUAAUGGAUCUCUAUAUCAAUAUAUAUAUGAUAUGAUUUCACUCUCUA